GUAGACAUGGAAUAUAUAUUUCUACAAUUUCAAAAUUCUUGUUGCAAAAUGCAUACUCCUGGCUUAGGAUGCAGUUUCAUUGACGUAGAGUUUGUGAAAGAAAUUCGAAAAGGCUUUGAAUCUACAUGGAUUUUUAAGUGUAAAAUGUGCAACUGUAUUAUGAUUAUUGAUUCAGAGCGGGUAACUCCGGACUAUUUACCCAUAAAUAAAUCAGCAGUUAAUGGUACUAUAGCAGUUGGCAUAGGGCAUACACAAUUGGCUGAACUGUUUGCAAGUUUGGACAUACCAUGUAUGACUUCAAAAACGUACACUAAGUAUAUAAAUAAUUUGAGUGAAAAUAUCAAGGCAACUGCAUGGGAUGUGAUAAAACUUGCCGGGGUAGAAGAAAAACAGUUAGCAAUUGAAGCAGGUGACAUUGACGAAGAUGGCACGCCUAUGUGUCCAGUAAUAGCGGACGGCCAAUGGAGCAAGCGUAGCUAUAAAACCAAAUAUGACGCUUAUUCAGGAGCGGCAACAAUUAUUGGUUAUCGAUCAAAAAAAGUGUUGUUUGUUGGGAUACGCAAUCGCUAUUGUGUUAUAUGUGAAAGGGCCAAAAAUAGUGAAAAAAGUGUAGAAGAACAUAUCUGCUUCUUGAACUGGUCUAAAGGUGCCACUAGCAUUGAAGCCGAUGCUAUUUCUGAAGGGUUUUUAAAAAGCUUUUCACUACAUGGAUUGAAAUUUAAUAAAUUAAUUGGCGAUGGCGAUAGUAGCGUUUCAAAACGUUUACAUGAAUUGCUUCCAUAUGGCCCACGACUGUUGGUAGAAAAAAUUGAAUGUAGGAACCAUAUUCUACGAAAUUAUGGUCAGAAAUUGAUGGCUCUUACAAAAAAAACAUUAUAUCCGUGUUAUAUUCGCAAAUUUAUUACAAGGAAUAUAAUACGAUUUCGAACAGCAAUUACGAAAUCAAUUGCAUACAGAAAAAACUUAGAUCAGUCUCUUUAUGAAAAAAUUGAAGGCUUACGAAAAGACAUAACGAAUGGUCCUUACCAUAUAUUUGGUGAACAUACGAAAUGUGAAGUAUAUUUUUGCAGUGGACCUAAACAGUGUGAAGUAAAUUUAGUGCCAGAAAUUGUAAAUUGUGGUCUAAUGAAUGAAAUUGCCUACAUUCUUCGUCGCGUAGUAGAUAAUGCAAGGAGUCUACUAUUUGAUGUUGAUAAUAACUAUUGUGAACAAUUCAAUAGCAUAAUUAACAAACAUAUAGCUGGAAAACGAAUAAAUUUCACUCAAAAACAAUCGUACAGCACUAGAGUUCAUGCAGCGGUUGUUUCGUUUAAUUCUGGAGGUGAAUUUAUUCGUGCAGUUCAUAAAAAUAUAACUAAUCAGAGUCCAGGUAUUUAUUAA